AUGGAUAAGUAUGAAGAUCCAAAAAGAGUAUACACACCAAAGGAUAUAGCAUCAGAUAUGAGGAAACAACAUGGUUUAACAAUGACUUACAUGCAAGCUUAUAGAGCCAAGGAAAAGGCAUUAAACAAGUUGCGAGGGGAUCCAACUGAAUCAUACAAUAAGUUACCCAGCUACUUUUACAUCCUGGAAAAGACAUAUUCGGGGUCAGUUGUUAGUUUGGAAAAAACAGCGGAAGACCGUUUCUUGUAUGCAUUUGUAGCAUUGGAACUUUGUAUUAGGGGAUGGGAGUAUUGUAGGCCUAUAGUAGUUGUUGAUGGCACCCAUCUAAAAUCAACUUACGAAGGAACUAUGCUAAUAGCAAGCACACUAGAUCCAGGAGGUAGUAUACUGCCAUUGGCAUAUGCAAUAGUUGAUUCGGAGAAUGAUGCAUCUUGGACAUGGUUCUUUGAGAGAUUUAGGAUAGCUUUUGGUGAAAGGGAGAAUAUGUGCAUUGUAUCAGAUAGACAUGAUAGUAUAUGGAAAGCUUAUGCAUUAGUAUAUCCCGGGCUGACUCGUUAUGCAUGUAUUUGGCAUUUGUGGAAUAAUUUACUUAAGAAAUGCAGGGGAAAUAAAGAACAGGUCAGGAAACUAUACUUUGCAUUAGCUAAAGCAUACACUCUUCAAGAAUUUAGUGAACUCAUGGGAAGGCUGGACAUAAUAGAUAAGAAGUUGGGUGUAUACUUAUUUGAUAGUGGGUAUCAUAAAUGGUCUCGGGUACAUGCAACAGUGAAGAGGACAUGGACGUUGACUUCUAACAUUGCUGAAUCUAUAAACAACAGUAUUGCCAAAGCUAGAGAAUUUCCAGUCUGUAAGUUAAUGGAUUACAUGAGACAAUUGAUUGAAACUUGGAAUGAAAAACACAGUGAAGAAGGGAGAAAUGCAUUCACUGAUCUUACUAAUGAGUACAAUGAAGCUUAUGAGGAUAACAAGGAAUUAUCACACCGCAUGACUGUAAGGGCUUCCACUGAAUUCCUACAUACAGUGACAGAUGGUAUGAAGAGAUUUAGUGUGUGUCUUCGAAGUAAGAUUUGUAGUUGUGGAAGGUUUCAACUUGAUGAGAUACCAUGUGGACAUGCUUUGGCUGCUAUAAUGUACAGGCACCAACAUGGAGAGGACUACUGCUCUGCCUAUUACAGCAAUAAAAAUUUCAAAGAUAAAUAUGCCAUACCAGUGGAACCUCUUCCAUGCGAGAGUACAUGGGAGAUACCAUUUGAUGUGUUGGAACAAAUUGUUUUACUACCAGAUUCUAAAAGACCUCCAGGGAGGCCAUCGUUGAAGAGAAUGAAACCAUUUUAUGAGGUGAAAUUUAAGAGGGCAAAGAUGACAUGUAGCAAGUGUGGCAUAGAGGGGCACAACAAGAAGACAUGUAGCAAUUUGCCCAAAUGA